AUGACAUCAGUCCUGUCCGAGCAGCUCCAGUGCCCAGUAUGUUUGUGCGUUUUCACCGACCCGGUGAGUCUACCGUGCAACCACACCUUCUGCCGCCCCUGCAUCAGCGCUCACCUGUUGCGGAGCUCAGCGAAGAGCCAGAGCCGCUGCCCAGAGUGCCGCGGCCCUUUCAGCCAGAAGGAUCUCCGGGCUCACCGUGUCUUGACCAAUAUGGCAGAUGCGGCCCGAGAGGAGGAGGAGAGCGGCCUCGCAGCGAGGGAACCAGAGGCACCGCAGGGACACACUAUAGCCUCAGAGCUGGUGUGUCCAGAGCAUGACGAGAAGUUCAAGUUGUUCUGUGAGACAGACCAGAGGUUGGUGUGUGUGAUCUGCAGAGAUGGAGAAAAGCACCGGGGACACAAGUUCACACCUGUGAAAGAGGCAGCAAAGAUCUAUGGCAGCACAGUUCUUUUUAAACCUUAUAAUUGUGCUUAUACUGCUGUGUGA